AUGGACAGCGAAGGUAGGGAUGAGGGGAUCAAUGGAUGGAUAUACGAAGAAAAAGAAACACAAAUCUCCGAAAACAUUAGGCUUCAAGUGAUACAAGAGAUGGACAGCGAAGAUACGAAGAAAAAGAAACACAAAUCUCCGAAAACAUUAGGCGACAUUCAACGCCAACAGGACUUCUUCCUGAAGCCGUCGUCAGCGGAACCGAGUCUUAAUGCCCAACAAUGGCCUCUCCUAUUGAAGAAUUACGAUCGUCUGAAUGUGAGGACCAAUCACUUCACUCCCCUAUCAUUUGGUUGUUCGCCAUUCAAACGGGAUUUACGCGAAUACUUGAGGUCUGGGUUUAUAAAUCUGGAUAAGCCGUCGAACCCCUCUUCACACGAAGUCGUCGCUUGGAUUAAACGUAUCCUAAGAGUGGAGAAGACGGGUCACAGCGGAACCCUUGACCCCAAAGUGAGCGGUUGUCUCAUUGUUUGCAUCGAAAGGGCCACUCGUUUAGUGAAAUCACAACAAAAUGCUGGCAAAGAAUACGUUUGUAUUUUCCGAUUACAUUCGGCUGUCGAUAGCGAACAGACUGUACUGAAAGCCGUCGAAACACUUACCGGCGCUCUCUUUCAAAGGCCUCCUUUGAUAUCUGCUGUGAAACGACAGCUUAGAGUGCGAACGAUAUAUGAAAGUAAACUUCUUGAGUACAACAAAGAUAAAAAUCUUGGCGUCCUUUGGGUUAGUUGUGAAGCCGGCACUUAUGUGCGGACCCUUUGCGUCCAUUUGGGACUUGUGUUAGGCGUCGGCGGACAGAUGCAAGAGUUGAGGAGAGUUCGCUCUGGUAUUCAACACGAAGGCGAAGGAUUAGUGACAAUGCAUGACAUAAUUGACGCCCAAUGGCUCUAUGAUAACCAUAAAGACGAAACAUAUCUUCGACGAGUCAUUAAACCAUUGGAAGCGCUUCUGGUCUCUCAUAAGCGUAUUGUUAUGAAAGAUAGUGCAGUGAAUGCUGUCUGUUAUGGCGCUAAAAUCAUGUUACCCGGGGUUCUCAAAUACGAGGACAACAUUGAAAUGAACGAUCAAAUUGUUGUCAUCACCACUAAAGGAGAGGCCGUCUGUUUGGCCAUUGCGUUGAUGACCACAUCGACGAUCGCGAGCAGUGAUCACGGAGUGGUCGCUAAAAUCAAGAGAGUUCUUAUGGAAAGGGAUACAUAUCCACGAAAGUGGGGAUUGGGACCAACGGCAACUCUGAAGAAGAAGUUAAUGAAAGACGGAUUACUAACAGAUAAAGGAAAGCCUAACGAUAAAACGCCCAAAGACUGGUACCUCAAAUAUCACGACACUACACAUGCAAAUGAAACCGAUGCCAACUCUACCAUCUCUUCGCCGAACGGAACUAAAGGCAAAACUGAAGCCAUUGAAGAAGAGGGCGAAGAAGAAGAAGACGUCCAAAAGGUAUCCGAAAAGAAGAAGAAAAAGAAGAAGAAGAAGAAAGAAGACAAUUCUGAUUCAGAAUAAGCAUUGUUUAAGACUUCAAUUCAUUCUUUUAUUUUGCAUUGAAUUUCAAUCAUUUAAUAAAUUUUAUUUUGAAAAAUGUCGAA